UCUCGCUCUUGACUCCAACGCCUGGCAGUUGUGACUGGAUUAUCGAUUUUUGUGAAUCGACAUUUCUGGGAUAAAACCCAAAGAUGACGUUUCGUUGCGUGCCGGCUUUUCAAAAUCCUGAUUGCAGUGCACCAUGGGAUCGCUUGACGGGCCAUGGUGGCAUCUCGUCGCUGGGCGGCGGCAACAGUUCGCCGUACUCUGGUGCCCAUCAUCAUGGGCACCGAGGCAACGGCAACGGUGGCGGUAUGCCCCAUCACGGGGGUGCCUCGCUGCCAACCGCCUCGGACUUUCAGCCACCCUAUUUCCCACCGCCUUUCCCUUCACAUCAUCAUGCGCCCGCAAGUCCACAACACCCGGGUCUCGGGCAACCCCAGCACCUCGACUACCUCGUCAGCGAUCCGUACACUCAAACCCUCAAUACCCUACAUCAACAUCACUACAAUCAUCUGAGCGCUGCCGUUAGCGCUGGACAGAGGAGUGGCGAUCUCAGGAGAGAUACCGAUAUCCAUGUGACAAAUAUGCAUGCGUCGUUUCCGUACGAUGGUGGCCGGAAUAGCGGGGGUGGAGGUGGUGGUGGAGGCGGCGGCGGUGGUGGCGGAGGUAGCGGAGGUCGUAAUGUUGACUAUGGGGCGGUCAGACGUCCCGAUGCUCUGCUGCCACCGCCCGGCCUCGACCAGACCGACCUCGUGCUACACACCAGUCUCGUGGACGACCCUCAGAACACAAACGUGGACGACGGAGGUUUCAUGAACGACCUGCCGCUGUUGAAAAAUAUGAAGCCAUCGGAGCGAGGGGACAAGGCAAUGCUGACGGGGAACGCGCAACCGUCGGACGUAUUCUGCUCAGUUCCCGGCAGGUUAUCGUUACUCAGCAGCACCAGCAAGUACAAAGUCACAGUGGCGGAGGUGCAGCGACGGCUCUCACCCCCGGAAUGCCUGAACGCCAGCCUGCUCGGUGGUGUACUACGAAGGGCGAAAUCUAAAAAUGGCGGAAGACUUCUGAGGGAAAAACUCGAGAAAAUCGGACUAAAUCUUCCCGCCGGAAGGAGGAAGGCUGCCAAUGUUACACUGCUAACGUCCUUGGUGGAAGGAGAGGCAAUACACUUGGCUAGGGACUUUGGCUACGUGUGCGAAACGGAGUUCCCGGCAAAGCAGGUCGCCGAAUACCUGAGUCGGCAGCACUGCGAGCCUCAGGAUUCCUACAGGAGAAAAGAGCUUCUACACGCCACCAAGCAGAUCACCAAAGAGCUAAUGGACCUUCUGAACCAGGACAGGUCACCGUUGUGCAAUACACGGCCGCAGCACAUACUGGACCCAAGCAUACAGCGACACCUCACGCACUUCUCUUUGAUAUCGCACGGGUUUGGCAGUCCCGCCAUCGUCGCUGCGCUCACAGCGAUACAGAAGUUCCUAAGCGAGUCGCUCAAUCACCUGGAGAAGAUGUAUCCGGGCAAUGGCAGCGGCGUCACCAGCAGUCAGCAGUCCUCUCUCGACGUCAAGAACAAGGACAUGAGCCUGAUGAACGAUCUGAAAAAGUGACGCCCGGAGGACACGCCGACCUCGAACGUCGUUACCUCGAUCAGGCACUCGUGGCCCUACAAUUGAGUGCCCCGCGCUGGUGCGAACUCGUUGCGUCGACGGCCUACGAACAACAAAUCAACCCUCCUCUCGUGAUGCUUUUCUCGACGAACAAGCGCAAUCGAGACGCCGUCCGAGAACUAUUAUCGAAUUAUCGAGUCGUGUACACGCAUGCACACACACACGUACACACGCACAUACAUACAUACCUAUAGGGACCUAAUCUCUUUAUCACUCGUUUAGUAUAAUCUUUCUUACGUCACCAUUCUUUCCAGUCAUUUCUCAAUAACCGAGUGUGUCGUUUUCUCAAAGUAAUCAUGCACAAUUUACGUAUCAUACACUCGCGCGCGCGCGCGCGCCCACGCUCUCUCGUCGCAACUUUGGACAAUCUUUUCUAUAGGAUGACUCAAGUGACACGUAAACGAACACUGAGCCUUUUAAUAAUGUCGUGCCAAUGCAAACACAAAAAUUAAAAAAAUCAAGACUUGCCAUUACAAAGACGUGCCAAUAAUGUAGAUCUUGUGCGAGACGCCUACGCGAUACGUAAUCGGACGUAAUAUUGACGAGGCUCGAUGGCGAUAUUCCAUAAUUGAUAUAUAUAUAUAUAUAGGUCAAUGAGAGCGAGUACACAUCUCACAACAAGGAAUAACCUCUCAAGCGUUUUCAUUCAGUUUUUCUCUGCGGUGCGCGAAUUCAACUUAAUCAAACGGAUGAAAUUUAAAAUUCACAGCUCGACUUCGCAAGUCACGAAUUUUAAUGGAUUUCGUAUUCUCGCGCGCGCGCUCUCUUCAACUUCCUACGCCAUUACCGUGAGUGAGAGAGAGAGAGAGAGAGAGAGAGAGAGAGAGAGAAGUUAGUUGUUUAAAUAUUUAAAAAAAAUCUGUACAUAUACCUAUCUUGAGAUUAAUUUGUACUUUAUGCGUUCGAUUAACUUUCUAAUUACUUUUUUUCCAUUUGUUUAGCGAAUAGCAAAUCAUACGUAGACGAGAUAUACUUUUUUCUUUAAUGAAUAGAUAGUUACGACAUCAUUUUUCGAUUCUUCGUGAAAUGUAGCCUUGCGCUAGGCUCGGGUCUGUCUCUAUGCAGAAAGAACACGAGGAAACAUACCACAUGACGUGUAUGUAUUUGUAUAUAAUUAAGUACAGUCGUGCGUAAUUCGACGUAAGAAGUAUAUAGGAUUAUAUAUAUAAAUAUAAAUAGCGACGAGAAAAAUCGUCGUGAAAGAAUCGCAUGAAGUACAACAUCGGGUGAUCCUGAGACAUAUCUAACUUUGUAAACUAAAAAGUCAUACGAGUCUAAACAACAAAAAUAACACAUUGAUAUAAAUUCAAAUAACUGAGAUAAAAAAAGAAGCUAUACUUUGAUGGCAUUUGAUGCCGAUCGAAGCUAUCCUGUACAGAGCAUUUGAAUUUUUCUUGUGAUAUAAUCAUAUACAAUUAUUAAAGAUAAAUAUAAAUAUAUACAUAUGUAUGUGUAUAUAUCAUUUGCGGAAAAAAUACAUUCCAUGUUUUCGAAUCUAGUUACGGUAACUUAGAAAAGCAUAUUAUUCAAAGUUUUUUCUUGUCAGCCGUCAAUUGAAACAGGCAAUGCUGGAAAAAUGCUUGCGUGCGAUGCAUUUUAUUUGUUUGAGCUACAGCGAAAUAUAGAUAUAAAAAUAACAAUAUUUAAUCGAAUUAAUUGAAGAAAUACAUUGAACCAUCUGCCGAUUAUAUGUUAAGUACUUACCAAUAUGCAGCUCGAAUGAAAAAAACAUGCGUCGCUCGUCAAGCAAAAGCAGUGCAGGUCUUUUGUGUAAGGAACAACUCCAUGUGCGAAUAAGAAAAAAAAUUAUCGAUCGUUGUAUUUGUGCUUACCAUUCCAUUUAAUUUGUAAUGUGCAAUGACGGCACGGGCAGACAAUGAUGUAAAAGAAUACCUAUGUACAUUAAAGAUCAUUAAGUGCGAGGCAGGCCGGAAAGUCAAUUUGAAAUUGCAAUAUAAUUAUUAAAAAAAAUUGUAUUCCUCGCGUUGCUAUUCAUCACAUGGAGUUCUUUGAAGAAAAAAUAUAUUUGUCGUAUUAUUGACGAUGAAGAAUCCCUUUCCGAAUUAUUUUCACUAAUGACAACUUACACAUAGCAGAAUCCGUUAGCGCUUUAAGCUCUCAUUCUCCGUAAAUUAAAAUAAAAUUAAUGAAAAGGAAAAAAGAAAUAAAAAGAAAAAGUCGCACUUUUUUAUAAUCUCGCUAGAGCCAGCGUAGAAAAGCUAUUUUCUACCGGGAAUUUCUGUGCCAACUGUGAAGAAUGUUGUAGACGAUUUUUUUUGUUGAGGCAUCAUUCUAAUCUUGUAAGAUACUCAGAUAUAGCUUUAUUGAAUAUAUUUCAAGUUAGCAGUACAUUAUAUUCUGAUAUUAAUACGGUUCAUUUUUGUAUA